AUGACAUCCAAGAAUGCAGGAAUUCUGUCUCUUGCGGAGGAACUGCGUUGUCACAUUUUGAGCUUCCUCCCCUACCGAGAUAUUCUUCGUUGUACAUCUGUAUGCAAGGCUCUUCGCCAGACAUUCACAUCGUCCUCCGUGCUUCAGUACAUCGUUGAACUUGGUGGCCAAGGGCUGCUGCCUGUCCCCGAUACGGAAUUCAACAAGCAUGUUCCUACUUCUAAACGCCUACAGCUUCUGAAAGACAAUGCUCAUGCGUGGUUCAAGUUCAACAUUUACCCAGUAUCCAUCCGAGAUCACUUCACCAUUGGUCCAGUACCUGUACAAGGAAUAUCCUUUGCCGAUGGCCACCUCUGCCUGUUUGAUGAAUAUCAAGAAUCGGCCAAGAUAUUUCCAAUAGUGUCAAAGCCCUCAGCACAAACAAAACAGCGUGAUUGGUCACCAGAAUCGCUACUUCCAGUUCCCCGUGCGGAUGUCACUCAUGUAUGGAUGGAUCCAGCUCAAAACUUGAUCGCCAUCGGGUAUGAAAUCGUUGAUCGUUAUCAUAAUAAUAUGGACUUGUCCAAGAUCCCGUUCUAUAUUGACCUUAAGGUUCUUGAUGGAGAUGAUGUCCACCCACAAGCAGCUGGACAGACGCUAUUUCUCUCUGAGCUUCGGGGAUGUCAUGGCGAUGCGGUCAAGCUCUCGGGGCUCGGGAGGCAUAUUGCUCUCCAACGCGGCCAGGGGGCGGGCGAAUGGUGGAUGCAGAUUUGGGAGUGGCAACACUCAACAACAUCCGACUGUGUCAUGAGUUACCAAUCAAACGCAGAAGACGAAAACUUUUGUUUCCUCGGAAAUGAUAGAUUGCUGAUUAUAAGCAGCGAAAGUUUGGAUCUUCUUUCAAUCGAGGAUAUAUCCCAGGCACCGCGGUUACUGAGGUGCUUCUUCAUGCCCGGAUCGGUGAUAGGCAAGCGCAUCGAGUAUAUUGCUCCUGCAGACGAUAUUGCUCAUGGUCCACAACCGCAGAUGCGAGCACAUGAAAUAGCAUGGACCUCGGAUCCUGAACAUCGACUACUAUCCUUUGUCAUGGACCCGCCGAGUGUAGCCUUUGUCGUUUCCACCAUGAUGUUCUUUAAUCUCGAUUUAUUUGAUGGAACAGACGCGGACAUACCUUGGGAACAUUGGGGCCCUUCACACUCUCAUGUAUUCUAUUUGCCCAAUCGGCCACACAGCUUUGGCGUUAGCGGGAAUCGAGUUUUUCAGAUCGAGCCUGUAGUUGAGGCAACAGAAGAUAACAGCUCGCAUGGUCCGAAGUAUAGUUCACAUAUGAUGGAUUUCAGCCCCUUGGCUGUUCAUCGUCGGCAGGGUCGGGGACGGGUGGUGAAAGAGCCAUCUACGAUAGCAUUGGGGGGUGAGUUGAUAACAACGUCCCUGCCUUACGUCGAAAUAUUGUCGGACGGAAAAUACCGUGACAGUACUAGUGCUGAUGCGCGUAGUGUAGUGAAGAUGUGGGUCAAUAAAGACGAAGUUUAUGUGCCUAGAGUGUCUCCGUCAAAGCGGAAUGGCGCAUUAAAACAAGCAGCCCGUGUUGACAUGCUGCAAGGUGUUGAGGCUAUCAUCUUCAACAAACUUUAUAGGUUACAGGCGUUGCACACUGGUGAUCAGCCUGUCUAUGAGAUAGACGGACUGGUCACUAGUCUACAUUUCAUCAUGAAUGGCGAAGAGGAAGAAGAGGAAGUGACUAAUGAUAUAUUGGCUUUGGAGGAGUAG